ACUAGCCGCCGCACAUGCAAAUAAUAAUCGAACUAUCGUACAGUUGCGAUAGCUCUUGCAUUGCUCUAAACAAUUUCACGUGUUGCACGUUGUAAUAAACUUUCCAAAGUUUUUGUUUAUAAAGCACGUAAAAUGAGUGUUGCGGCAGUAGACAAACAGCCAGAGCAUAGCGAAUCUAUUGCGGAAAUUGGUGAGAAGGAGUCGCAACCAGUUGAGACAGCCACUGAUGGUGCAGAACCAAAAGCCGGUAAUGAAUUUGAAUAUUUGGAGCGCAAUGAGUUUACAUCGGAAAUUUAUAAAAUUGAAGUGAAGAACAUGGGUUAUUUUGGCAUUGGGGAGUUCAAAAAGCUACUGAAAAACACGCUAAAGCUGGACAUGACCAAAAUAAAGUCACCCACCCGCAAGGAAUAUGCCUUCGUUUGCUUUCGUAGUCAGGCAGAUCAGGAGCGAGCACUGGAGACGCUCAACGGAUACAAGUGGAAGGGCAGAAUACUGAAAGCAUUAGCCGCCAAGGCAUCUGCCGAUCCGUUGCACAAACGACGCGGCGAAGCGAACGAUGGCGAUGUCAAGCCGAAGCGACAGCGUACAGCUGUCGAGGCUACCUGUCCCCUGGCUGAGAUGCCCUAUGAACAGCAGCUGGAGCAAAAAACAGAGGAAAUGUCUGCUUUGCUGAAGAAAUAUACACAGGAGCUGCGACGUCUGAAUGCUGAUGCGAAGCCUCAUCUGGACAAGUUUCAAUUUAAGGGCGUUUUGCCCUCGCCCACUGUGGAUGGCUAUAGGAAUAAGAACGAGUUUACAGUGGGCAAAAACGGCGAGGGAGAGAUUGUAGUGGGCUUUCGUUUGGGAAGCUACAGCGACGGCUCUGUGGAAGUGGCCGAGGUGCAGGAGCUGCCACAUUUGCCAUCGCAAGCUAAAUGGGCGGCGCAAAGCUUCCAGCAGCUGGUUAGGCAGUCCAAAUUUCAGCCAUUUAAUCCCGUUGGCAACGUGGGUCACUUUCGUCAACUGAUGGUGCGCUGCUCCACUGCCACAGGCGAGCUAAUGCUGGUGGCUGGCAUAUACUCUUCGAAUUUGAACGAAGCUGAGCUGCUGGAGCUGCAGCAGGAGCUGAAAACCUUUUACGAGCAGCCGGAGCAGAACGAAACACACAAAUGCACUUCACUUUACUAUCAGGAUGUCAAGCAUCGAGAGGCGGGACAAAUGGUGAAUCCCGUCACCCAUCUGUCGGGCAGCACGCACAUAACGGACACGAUACAGGGGCUGCAGUUUCGCAUCAGUCCUUUGGCCUUCUUUCAAAUCAAUACAGCUGGCGCCGAUGUCCUUUACCAGCAGGCCAUCGACUUGGCUGCGCCCAACAAGGAGACAAUCAUGCUGGACAUUUGCUGCGGCACUGGUACCAUUGCAUUGGCCUUUGCCAAGCAUUGCAAGCAGGUGCUGGGCGUCGAAAUUGUGCCAGAUGCCAUCAAAGACGCAGAGCAUAACGCAGAAACGAAUGACAUUAAGAAUUGCAAGUUCUUUGCCGGCAAUGCCGACGACUAUAUAAAGAGCAUGGUGCGCGAGGCCUUGUAUGCACAGGAGCCGGGCAAGCCCAUUGAUUUAAUAGCUGUAGUGGAUCCCCCACGUGCUGGACUGCACACACGUUCCAUAGCCGCAAUUCGCUCAGCGGGUGACAUUAAACGCUUGGUCUAUGUGUCGUGCAAUCCCAACAGUGCCAAGCGCAAUUUCAUUGAGCUAGCUCGGCCGGAGUCCAAGCAGUACAAAGGGGAGCCGUUCUAUCCGAAGACAGCCGUUGCUGUCGACAUGUUUCCACACACAACACACACGGAGCUGGUCAUCUUAUUUGAGCGUGACUCUAAGGCAACACAAACUGAGUCUGUGGAACAGAAGGCAACAAAAGAGUGCAAUGAAGCGUCAACAACAACAGCGUGAUGGCAACGCCCUCUCUCACUUGACGCUCUGCUCUGUUCUGCUCGCCUCUCGGUCGCUCACUGCUGCUGCUUAUCACGAUGUUGACAUCCAUCAUCGGCUCUUUGUGCGACUGGGGUAGCAAAUUUUAUUGUUUUAA